AUGCCCCCAAUAUGUUCACCCACUGUAAGGCAUUCAGCACACCUCAAGCAGCUUUCCAAAAUAUCUGCUGGUCUAAAUAUGAGUAAACUACCACCACCACUACUGCCACUGCUGCCACAGCCACCACAACCACCACAGCCAUCACAACCUUUGGAAUCUUCGCGUAGCAGGGGGAGGGCUAGGGCUAGGGGGCGAGUAAGGGGUGCUACUGUGACUCGUGGGAGGGGACGAGGAGGAGGAGGAGGAGGUACCGACCAUCCAGAUCCCCCCCAACAUCAAUCUGCAACUGAUCUGGACAACAACAACAUUACAGACCCUGAAGAUUGGUCUAUAACUCAUGAGGAUGACACCAGCUUUGUCCCUGCCAAGAUCAGGUGGGACACCACCGAUUUUGAUGGCACUACAAUCCUCGUAUCCUGGCUCGCCACACAUCCAGCCGACUGUCGUGUACUUUUCUCCGAUAACAAAAAGAAUUGCAGCACAGUGAUCGGCACUGAUCGUCCUUUGGGCAAGAGUAAAGCCAAUAUCUACCUUGUAAUCGCCAGACAUGUAUUCGAAAAUGACCCAACAUAUGGGACCUGGUAUGCUGUAGAAGGGAACCAGCCAAAGUUCAAACAAGCCAUUGCCAAUCAUCUUGCAUAUCUCAGGGGGAAGUAUAAGGCUGCAACCAAUCGUUUUUGGAUGACUGGCGCUGGCAUCAACCCUCUUGACCCUCUAUCUCAAGUAAAUCUUCAAGGCAAGUUUUAUUUUAAAUUGUUUAAAUUAUCUGACCAAGCUAGAACCAUUACAGCGCAAGUAUCAUCUGAAUUUCCCUGGUUCGAAGACCUGGAUGCGCUGUGGAAGGACAACCCUGCUUUUGCCCCAAAGACCUUCUCCUCCAUUCCUGGAAAUGAUUGCGCUGGUGCCCUCCAUGCUCUAACACAGCCUAAACACAAACAGACCUCUCGCCCUACUAGCAAGCAGGUUGCCUCUCAUCCUGCAAAUUCCAGUGCUGCUGCAGAUGAUUCCAUGGUGUGCUCACAAGAAAAGAGGAAAAGGAGGGCUCCAAAUUUUGAACCCAAUGAUGCCCCUCAUCCUACCGCCUCCCAAGAUCUCUCCAAUACCAACUCUAACCUCGACAAUAUGGAUGCUGACCUCAAUGAUAUGUACGCUGACAAUUCGCCUGGCAAAGGCAUGCUCCCUGCUACCUUUAUUGGGGGGCACAACCCUCCAUAUGACCAUACAUACGACGACUUUGACCCUGUACUUGAGGAGCGUGACACCGGAAAUUGGGAUGAUGGCGCUGAGGAGUUGGAGAUGGAGGUGGAUAACAAGGAACAGGAUAACACUCAGCGCCCAAGCAAUAAACACCCACACCAAAGGUCCCCCUCACCAUCCCACACCUUCAAGCCAACACAUCACACCCCACAGUAUGAUUGUCGUGAAGCAGCCUUCACUGGCAAGUCUCGCGUUGCUCGUGCCAUGGAGCAUGGCUCCCCUUGUGCAAAAAAGCCAGUGUCUAUGUCGUCCUUGUCGGCGAAUACCCCCAGCGCAUCCGCGUGGACAUUUACUUCAUCACCCGGCAUGGUAUCACAAGACUCGCAGACUUCACUUAGACCCAGCUGGAAAAAGGCUGCACACAAGCGCAGCCUUUUAGGGCGUGUUCAAUCAGGAACGUCAGAUGUGCUUGAGCAAGUAAGCUCUCUCACCAAUGAUAUGAGCUAUAUCUACUCUGCGAAGGAAUCUGCCUCCGAGUACAAAAUUGCCAAGGUCAAUGCACUCUGCCAUGAGCGCAAUAUACAAUUCCAACGGGAGCAGGGUGUAAUUGAGCGCAAUGAAGCUGCUUCAGUGCACCAGCAGUCACAGGAGGCAAAGGCACUCGAGCUUCAUCUUCUCGAAGCCCAGGCCAAAGUUCAGUCAGAGAAGGCAGCGGCUCUUCGCCUUGAAAUUGAGUUGAUCACUCUCAAAGAAGGGUCGUCAUUGAAAGAGACUUAA